AUGACGGCCUCGGGCUGCCAAACCAUUACACCGCCGGCAUCAUUGUCAUCACAGUGGUCAAGCUGGACGAGUGCCGUCGAUGCAUGGAUGGAUACGCACUCGUCGGAAUACACGAGAUAUCUCUCGCGCUGCGAGCCUUGGGAACUGGCGGCAAGCUUGCAGUGCCCAACAGAGACAACGCCAGUGGACACACCGGUAAACGAGACGACAACAAGAAGCCGGGAUCCAACGAAGACUUCAUCCGAAACCGCGGCCGACUCUGUGACGGUGAUUACAUCGACUGCAACAGCAACCGCUGGUCCCACAUAUGACAAUACGCCACAGGUUUCAACAAUGCUACCUUCGGCAACACUCAUUAGCAGCGGCGCAGUAGGCUUCUUUGCUAUGGAUUGGGUGACAGCAACAGGUGCUGCCCUGUUGCUGGUCCUGACGGUGAUAUGA